GUGAAGGAGAAGAAGGAAGUGAUAACCUACAGAGAGGUGUUGGAGACCGGGUCGACGCGAGCAGGGAGCAGGGAGUCUUUAUCCGCGGAGCCGGGGAGCCGAGAGGAGCCGGCCGCCGUUAACCGGAACGUUGCGCUCUCGCCGGGCAGGGAAACGGACAUGCUCGGCCCGGAAAGAAUCAGGGACGCCGGGAGCCCCAAACUCAUUGACGGCACCACGGAUGUAAAAGAGAGGAAAGAGGACUCGAAGCCCAUUGAAGACGAGACACAAACUAAAAUCAAACAGAGGAGAAGUCGGACUAACUUCACAUUAGAGCAGCUCAAUGAGCUGGAGCGGCUCUUCGACGAGACCCACUAUCCGGACGCCUUCAUGCGGGAGGAGCUUAGCCAGCGACUGGGACUGUCGGAGGCCCGAGUACAGGUUUGGUUCCAGAAUAGAAGAGCCAAAUGCAGAAAGCAGGAGAACCAAUUACAUAAAGGAGUCCUGAUUGGAGCAGCGAAUCAGUUUGAAGCUUGUCGUGUAGCGCCAUAUGUCAGUGGGGCUUUACGGAUGCCAUUCCAACAGGAUAGUCAUUGCAACGUGCCGCCCUUCUCCUUUCAGGUGCAGGCGCAGCUACAGCUGGACAGCGCCGUGGCCCACGCUCAGCACCACCUGCACUCUCACCUGGCGGCGCACGCGCCCUACAUGAUGUUCCCAGCGCCGCCGUUCGGCCUUCCCCUGGCGACGCUCGCGGCAGAGUCAGCCUCCGCCGCCUCCGUCGUGGCCGCCGCCGCUGCCGCCAAGAACACCAGCAAAAACUCCAGCAUCGCCGAUCUAAGACUGAAGGCCAAAAAGCACACGGCCGCGUUGGGACUGUGA